UCUCCCAGCUCCAUCUGUGACUUUAGUCAUACCUGCUGUCCCGUUUUGUCUUGUCUCUACGUGCAGUAUCCUCAUUCAGCCCCAACUGUCUCCCCUCUCUGUAACCUCCCCCCUUGCCUCCUCUUUCCUCCCCUGUGUGGCCAUGCUGGAGCGUAUGUCACGUCGCUCUCGCUCCCUGCUCUCCCUGACCUUGACCACUCUGGCUCUGGCCCUCUCCAUCCUGGCUCUCUGCACGUCCUACUGGUGUGAGGGCACUCACAAGGUGGUCAAGCCCCUCUGCCUGUCGCCUGUCAAAAUGAAGAACUGUGGUCAGAACAACAGCGAGCCUUACACCACAGAGAGUCCAACUCAGAGCCCCUUCAACCGCACGCUGUCUCCAGCCAGGAGGGAGGAGCUGGCCAAGAUCAGACAGAGGCAGCUGGCCAACGCAGUUCACUACAUCUGGGAGACGGGGGAAGACAAGUUUGCUUUCAGAUACUUCCACACCGGCUUCUGGGAGAGCUGUGAGAAACACAGCGAUGGGGAGAAAUGCCGAAGCUUUAUUGAGUUAACUCCUGGAGAAACACAAGGUGUGCUCUGGCUGUCAGUCAUUUCAGAGUUUACAUACAUCGGCCUACUGGGGAUGGGCUUCUUACUCAUGUGGCUGGAAGUCCUGUGCUCCCAUAAAGAGAUGCACUCGCUAAAGAUCAAUGCUUAUGCAGCUAUCUGUACUGUGCUAUCAGGUCUUCUUGGGAUGGUGGCCCAUAUGAUGUACACCACUGUAUUUCAGAUGACAGUCAUUGUGGGCCCCAAAGACUGGAGGCCUCAGUCCUGGGACUACGGCUGGUCAUUUGCUCUUGCUUGGGUGUCCUUCAGCUGCUGCAUGGGGGCUGCCGUGGUCACUCUCAACUCCUACACAAAGACCAUCAUUGAGCUCCGUCGCAGACAGAGGCUGCGUUUGGAGGAAGCAAGAGCCGCCACUCACGCCCCAUCCUACGAUGAGGUGGUUCCAGGGGGCGGGCUCUACUCUGUCAGUGGCCUGCUGCAGUGCCCAGACGGCAUGAUUGAUGUGGCGUGGGCCCCGAAUGGCAGUGUGGUUGGAGUGGGAAAUGGGGACGUGCCAACGUUGGUUUUAGUAGGAGGCUGCGGGCCAGAAGGGUGUGAAGACUGUGAGAGAGAGAUGGACGAAAUGGAGGAGGCCAUGGACCGAGCUGAUUCACCUUGUUAAGAGAUCAGUUACUCCCAACAACUAAAAAAGGGCUGAAAAACUGAAAAAGGAAAGACAUUGUCGACAUGCUGGAGUCAAUGUGAGCAAACAGAUGCUUUUAUUGUUCUCCUGCAUUCGACUUUCAGUGAAGUUUGGACGUAUUUAUCAGGUUUGAAGGACAAUGAUUGAUACAUAUCUAAUAUGAAACCCACAACGUACUGUAUACAGUAUGUAGGCCACACUGACAUGCAAGACUGCAUGUUUUUCUGGGUAUUUCUCAGUGCCUCAUGGUAGGAAAGCAAAUGUAUGUCUCUGUAUGUAAAUGCAUAUACAUGUUUGUAUUAUUCAUUCUUUAUACCUUCAGAUGAACUUGCAAUGUGUCAGUAUGAGAGUCAUUUUAAUAAUUCUGUUAUUUCACAGCUUAGACCGAACGGAUGUUUCUUCUCCUGUUGAUACCCAACAGAACAGCCUGUCCUGUAGAGUAAAUGUGCAAUUUAAUCUCAUUUAUCUGAGUGGGACAUUCAAAAAGUGUUCUUUUCCACACUCUUCUAUCUACUGUCAGAUAUGGAGGAGCAGUCUUUUACUACAUUUUUUGUUUUUGCAAUCUUUGUGAAGUCAGUUUUUGCAUGGAUUCUUCCAUGUUUUUGCUCAUUUGUCAAACUUUGAGUAUUCUGAUGCAACGCAUGUAUCCCAGAUGAUACAACAAACACGGUCUCUCUGCAGAUGCACAGACAAACCCAUACGAUAGACACAUAGAGAUAGAAAGAUUACAGAGAUUUCGAAAAGUCUGCUCUCUGAUGUUGAACAGAAGAUUAUGUGUAAACCAGUAAUCCCGAGUUGGAUGGAAAGAA